AAAAAGUUAUAUCUACAAUAACAUAUUAUUAGUAGUGCAAUUGUGUUUUGUUCUAGGGGCUUUUUGAGGCGUUGCAGCGAGGUUAGGAGCGGGUGGUGGUGAUGAUGGUGAUCUUUACCGAAACAAAAGCGAAACUGAAAGACAAAUACGAGCACAUGAGACAGGUUUAACGCAGAAGAGACUCUGUGGGUGUGUAUUUUGUUUUUAGCGGAUAGGUAAAAGUGGAUCUUUUGUACGAGUUCAUUGUAGUUUUACAAUAAUAUUAAUUUCGUAUUAAUGAUGUUUGUAUGGUGCCUUCAAGGGACACGACCAUAUUAGGGUGUGGUUUUUAAUUUAUAAUUAUUGAUCUAUUUGAUUGUUUUGUGCAGGUCAGGUGUACGUUUAAGAACUGGUACACAAUACUACUGUAGUUGCAAACCAACAGUGACAGAUAGGGCUGCACAAUAAAUACCGAUAUUAUUAUUAUUAUUAUUAUUAUUAUUAUUAUUAUUAUUAUUAUUAUUAUUAUUAUUACCGAGUAGUCCUGUUUAGUUGUUUUAAACGAUCGUUUUAGUGAAAAUCGAUAUUUAUUAAUAAAAGAAAAGAAAGACAUAAGAAAAUAUGUCUGGGAGCCGCACAGACUGUUUAGAGAAGCCGCUCAGCGCUGCUUUUAAGAAGUUGGGGCGCUUUGUUGGUAGGUAUCCCUUGGUUUUUGUGGUGAUCUCUUUGCUGGCCUCAUGUGGGCUUGGGUCUGGUUUUUACUUUUUGAAGCAGCUUGAAGCGAAUGACAUCGAAGACCAGUUUACUCCCUGGAAUGGACCGGCAAAGGAAGAAAGGGUGUUUAUAAAGAAUCAUUUCCCGAUUAGCGACUCAAACGAAUUCUCAAGCCAGCGGCUUUACACAGAAGGUGCAUACUCGUCUCUCGCAGUGGUUUCCAAAACAGGGAACAUUUUAACAGAUGAGGCAUUUAAAGAAAUACUUGAGUUAGACAGAAUAGUUAAAGGGAUAAGCGUUUCUGAUGGAGAUCAGAAUCAUACUUAUUCAAGUCUUUGCGCUAAAGAAAACAACAAUUGCGUGUCCAAUGCGAUAUUAGACAUAAUUAAUUCUGGUCAAACUAGCAAGCUGACUUAUCCUGUGUACAAAAAGAACGUUUUUCUGGGGUCGACAAUUGGUGGGGUAAAGACAGAUGACACCACAGGCAUCAUGAAAAGCGCAAAAGCAAUCCAACUAUAUUACUAUCUACGAGAAAACGAAACAGAAAGUAAUACAAAAUGGCUGAAUGAAUUUGUCAAAUACUUCUCUGGACACUUGGCAGAAUUACAUCUUCAUUCUGUUAAGGUGUCGUACUUUACAUCAGUAUCAAGACAGAAUGAAUUUGAAGGGAAUUCUAAGAAGGUGAUCCCACUGUUUUCCAUCACUUACUUCGUUGUCAUAUUCUUCUCAAUCGUAUCUUGCUUGAGGUUUGACUGUGUGAGAAAUAAGGCAUGGGUGGCCACCUUUGGAGUCCUCUCAGCGGGCUUGGCGGUACUGUCUGCUUUCGGGAUGUUGCUGUACUGUGGAAUGCCAUUCGCUAUGACUGUGGCUAACGCCCCCUUCCUGAUCCUUGGGAUUGGAGUUGAUGACAUGUUCAUUAUGAUCUCUUGCUGGCAGAAAACCAAGGUUCAUGAUUCAGUGGAAGAUCGCUUGGCAGAGACUUAUAAAGAUGCAGCCGUCUCCAUCACCAUCACCACUCUAACUGAUGUCUUGGCUUUCUACAUAGGCAUCAUGACACCCUUCCGAUCUGUGCAGUCGUUUUGCCUCUACACAGGCACUGCAGUUCUGUUCUGCUAUCUGUACAACAUAACAUUCUUUGGAGCUUUCUUGGCUCUCAAUGGAAAAAGAGAAAAGGGCAACAGGCACUGGCUGACAUGCAUGAAGGUGGAGCAGGACUGUCCUGCAGGACGCUCUACAGGGUACAGCAUGUGCUGUGUAGGAGGGGCGUACGACGCAAACACAGACUGUGAGAAAGAGCAGCCAGUGAAUCUGUUCUUUAAGAAGUACUAUGGCCCUUUUCUUACAAACACAUGGACCAAAGUGUUUGUGGUGUUGCUGUAUGGUGGGUACCUGGCUAGCAGUAUUUAUGGGUGUCUUCAGAUGCAGGAAGGUAUAGACCUUCGAAAUCUGGCAUAUGACGGUUCGUAUGUUGUUAACUACUAUGAUGAUGAGGAUGCUUAUUUUUCAGAGUAUGGACCAAGAGUUAUGGUUGUUGUUACAGAACAAGUUGAUUAUUGGAAUAAAGAGGUCCGUAAAGAGAUUGAAAGUUGUUUGAAAGUAGUUGAAAACCGCUUGUAUGUAGAUGCAAGCCUGUCUGUUUCAUGGCUAAGAGUAUAUGAGAAUGUUUCUAAAUUACUAAAUAUCAACUUAGAUAAUGAAACGGUAUUUAAAGACAAUUUAAAGUUAAUUCUUCCAACCUUUAAACAAGACAUUAGUAUCUCUAAUGAUAAUAUUAUUGCCUCCCGUUUCUUUAUUCAGACCACAAACAUUACCACUCCAAUCAAGGAAAAGAACAUGCUAGAUGAGCUGAGAGAGGAUGUAAAGAACUGUGUAGUCCCAGUACUGGUUUAUCACCCAGCAUUCAUCUACUUUGACCAGUAUGCAGUCAUAGUCUCUAACACGAUACAGAAUAUUGCAGUAGCAACUGCAGUAAUGUUGGUCAUCGCCCUCCUAUUGAUUCCCAAUCCUCUUUGUUCUUUGUGGGUAACGUUUGCCAUCGGAUCUGUCAUUGUUGGUGUUGCUGGCUUCAUGGCUUUCUGGAAUGUUAACUUAGACUCCAUAUCGAUGAUCAAUCUGGUCAUCUGUAUUGGCUUCUCUGUAGACUUUUCUGCACAUAUUUCCUACGCAUUUGUGUCAAACAGCAAAUGCGAUGUAAAUGAGAAGGCCAUUGAUGCGCUCCAUACUCUGGGUUACCCUAUAGUCCAGGGGGCUGUUUCUACCAUACUGGGUGUCAUUGUUCUGGCUGCAGCUGAAAGUUACAUCUUCAGGACAUUUUUCAAGAUCAUGUUCCUGGUCAUUUCUUUUGGGGCUCUUCACGGAAUUGUUUUUAUUCCGGUGUUCCUGACCUUCUUCGGGGUUUCCAAGGGUUAUGUUAAGGGUAAGGAAAAACUUAGACAAUGACAUUACUAGGGCUGCCCACAGCAACAAAACAGGUCAAUGAGUUUGGCAAUAGCCAUCUAGAUGACACAGAUUAACAUGGAGAUAAACGACAUGACUUUUUGUUUUGUAUUAUUACUACACAGAUAUAUUUGUAAUGUUUAAAGUAAAAUGGUGAGUUUGUUUAUAUUAUUGAUUGAUGGCACUGGUGCGCUUGUAGCUUCCUUAGACUUUAAAAGAACCAAUAAAUACUUCCUGUGUUAAGUGUUA